GACGGCAGCCGGAUUUGAGACUUGAGACGCAGGGAGAGACGUGAAGCCCGUGGCCGUUUGCAGACUGGCAAGGAGUGGGCGAUAUCGUUUGCGUGGCGUUGAGGGAUCUGCGUUUGGCCGUGUUGCCCAGCCUUACCUACAAUCGCCACCAGCAUGGCUGCUAUCAGCAAGGACACCCAGGCGCUUGUGCAGCGCAUGAUGAAGGAUGCAGGCCUCACGCCCUUUCAGCAAAGGCAACUGAAUGGCUCGCUUCAGCGUGGCACUAGCCUGCCUACCAAAGUCAAGCCAACCACCAGCAAGCCAGACGCCACACCUGCUCCCAAGCCCAAGCCCAAGACUGUUUUCCGAGGACCCCCGACCAGUACGCGCCGACGUCAGGGUGACAUUCUCGAACAAACCCGAGGCUACGCACGGGAACGCUACCACUCCCAUGACUUGGGCCCUGCUCGUGAAGACGCCAAGGACCGUUUUUACGAUAUUAUGGCAUUUGGGCGGGAAACUGCCGAUCGCAAAGAGUCCAUCAAGCAGCGGGGUCGCGAAUCUUCACGCGCAUCCACAGCUGCCUCGGCCCCGGCAGCUCUAGCCCGAAAAUCCCAGCCCCGCGAAGUCGACCUUUUUGACAUUGUUGUGCAAGAGGUAGAGGAGCGACGGGCUCAUCGUGAGAAGCUGCGCUCCAUUGGUCAGCUAGACGCGGUAACCGACCGCCAACUACAAACGGAAAUAUCUCAGCGGAUACGUCAGCUAGAGAUGAUGGACCGUGAGCGCGCCAAGACUGUUCGUCGCUAGUGGCUUUGAUGGCUGCUCAACGAGCCUGUCCCGACCUUUUUGCACACCCGGGCUCCUGUGUUUGUGGUGGAUGUGUGUGAAUGUUUGUGUGCGGAGGAAGGGGGCGUAUCUGCGCGUUUGAGCGAGAAGAACACUGUUGUUGCAAUCCGCCUUACGGGCCGUGUCCUUGGACGCUUCGGGUGGGCGACCGUUUAAGAUGCCGAGCAUCGCUUUUCAACUGACUUCAUUUCUCUUGGGGUUCCUUGAGUGCUUUUUCCUUUUCUUUUCUUUUUGUUUUCUUUUUUUCAUUUUCAACUUGCGACAAGCCUCGUCAGUCGGGCUUUGUGUGUUGGUUGCUGCAGGACGUUGAAUAUGAAAACCCGCAGUUGCUAGAGCUGGAAAAGACAAAUAAUAGUUCAUCAACUGCGAAUGUUGCAUUCUAUGUAUCUAAAUCGAAAGUCUCAAAAUUG